AUGACCUUCCCAACACCGGACCAAAACCACUACAGGACGCUCGGUAUUCUGCAAACCAGCACUCUCACCGAGAUCCGCCUCGCCUACCACGCCCUCAUCCAUCCCAACCACCCAGACCACCCCGAUCACGCUGUCACCGAAGCCGAGUAUGAUGAAUGCUUCACUCGGCGCGUCGCCAUCCAGGACGCUUUCUACGCGCUUAAUGAUGAGGAGCGCAAGCGAACGUACGAUGCCGAUCUAUCAGCUAACACGGCGCUUUGGAAGCGGAUGCAAAAACGCGAGAAAGUGCGUAGAGAGGGGGAGGUUCGUGAGAUGGAGCCGUAUGAGAUGGAGUCGCUGUGGGGUACCCCUUCGCCACUACGUAACCACCGCGAUAUUCAAGGUCCAGAAACAGAAGACAACGGUCUGCAGUCUGAAUCAGCUGAACGUGCCGGCAAUGAAGGUGACGUGAACUUCGUUUCAAGCCCACUAAAUGACUCCGAGCUCACUGCCAAAGAAUUCGAGCAUGAAUCGUCAUAUAUCCGCUCAGCUCGCCCACCCACCACUGGUCACACGAGCAACGAUGUCCCGCAUGGAGCGUAUACUCGUCCAACUCCCCCUCGUUCCACCCCCCGCAAGUUCGAGCGUCAAAAUCUAUUUCGCCCUUCACUUACCGACCUCCUUUCCCCGCCGCCCAAUUUCAAUGCUAGCAAUGACCAUCUCUGUUCUUCGUCCCAGUGGACGCUUACAGAUGUCGUUGCCGAGGGAAUUGCUGCGUACAUUCUACUGAUGUACCGCAUUAUGGAAUAUCAGAUUGCUAUGUCAUAUCUUGGGUACCAGCUUGUGGUUGUCUUUGCCCGGUGGGCUGUGCGACGUCCCGAGUAUGCGAUGGCUUUGGCGGUUGGUGUUAUUGGUAUCGUAGCUUGUCUCUCUGUGGAUGUGAAGAUCUGGCUUGCUGGUUGGGAGUGGGCGGUGAACGUGUGGGUGCGAUCGGGACGAAAUGAUUGAG